AUGGAUAAUUCAAAUUUCGAAACACUUCCUGAAGAUCUACAAAAGGAGAUUUUGUUAUGGUUGUCUCCAAAAUCCUUGGUGAAAUUCACCCUCGUCUCAAAGAAAUGUGCAUCUAUUAUCCGUGGGGAAGAAUUCAAAGCUCUUUACAUGCGCCGAUCAAUGACAAGGCCUCGUGUGUUGAUCGUUGCCAAUGAAAGCACAGGUGAGAAGUCAUUGGUGUUUCACACUUUGUAUCAAGAGGAGGAACCAUUGUUGUCAUCUUGUCAUCAACAACCUAUGCGUAUCACCAACAAUGCACCACGUUUUAUUGCUUCUCAACCAAUCCUAGGUUUGAUCUGUCUUCGAAAUGGUAGUGAGGUUGUCAUUCACAAUCCGGGGCCCCGCGGGUUUAAGCCCUCUAGGAAAUGCCAUGUUUACACGAUGGGGUCCGGUAAAAAUUCUUGGAGACGGUUCAAAUGUAGGAAACGUCAUUAUCCAUCUACUGAAGUACUAUGUAAAGAAGGAAAUUUGUACUAUGGAGCUCAGUCCAUUAGUCGCAAAUCUCUAUUAAUGAGGUUUAAUGUGAGGUCAGAAGAGUUUAGUGUCAUUAAAUUACCUAAUCAGCAAGUUAACUUUUGUCGUGGUUGGAACUUGGUUAAUUACAAUGGUAAAAUUGCCGUAGCGAAGAAUGUUGACGUCGACACUGGAGAUUUGCAAAUGUGGGUUCUAGAUGACAUGGGAGAAUGGUUAAGCGAAAUCAUUACGAUUCCUCGUUGGAAAGAAACUACCAAUAAUUGCACGUAUCAUUUCAAAGGUACCAUUGGAACAGGAGAACUUGUUUUCAUAGCACGCUAUUUUGUUGACGAAUCACCCAUUGUGUUGUAUUACAAUAAGAACACGAAGAAUCUCAGAAGAUUUACGCUUGAGGAGUUGUUUAAGGAUCUUCCUCCGUUGAAUCAUUCUUCUUAUCAUAAUAUUCAAAUCUUCUUGAAUCAUAUUGAUAGUACUUGGCUUAUGUGA